CUUGCCUUGCGCGUUUGUUUUGUAUUACAGUUUUUGUUGUACACUUUGUAGAGAGAAAGAGAUUGGUGAUAAAAUGGUUCAUGCAAGCAACCUUGUCCAGUGAAACUAUGCAUGUUAUGCAUUAUUUAGUAGAUAAAUAAUUUGUCUCCACCCGUGGCUCCCAUUCAACCUGCCUCGAGGUUGUAAACUAUGCCGCUAAUAGAAACGUAUGUAUUCUUCGACAUCGAAACAACUGGGUUUCCUUGGCAAGAGAGAAACGGAACAAAGAUUAUAGAGGCAAGUUUUGUCGCAGUACAGCGAAAAGAUGUUGAAAGGGCCAAUUUCGGUGACAUCCCACUGGCAAGCAAAUACACUUUUGUGUUAAACCCACUGAGGCCCAUACAUCCUCAAGUGACAGCACUAACUGGGCUGUCUAACCAAUCACUGGAACAUGCCCCAUUGUUUAUCGACAAGUUUAACAGCCUCAACACAUUUUUGGAUGAGCUUCCAAAGCCUGCAUGUUUGGUGGCACACAACGGCAACACAUUUGACUUCAAAAUCUUACUUGCUGAAUGUUCAGACAUCCAAACCUCAUUGCCCACAGAUCUACUAUGUGUUGACUCCUUGAUUGGGUUCCGGAAACUUCUUAAAGGCACUACAAUCGGGUAUAGUGACUUGAGACAAGUCAAUACAGAAUUAUUGACUGAUGAUGAAGACGAAGAUAACUGGCCAGACUUGAAUGUGAGUCGUGAAGAAUGGGAAGAGAUAGACGAAAUAUGUCUGUCCUUGUCAGAUAUAUCAUGUGAAGAUGUGAAUGAAGGAGACAGCUCCGACAAUGAAGAAACAAGGAGCAGAAUCAAUGCAAGAGAUGAAGUUAUCAAGAAUGUAUUUCGGAAAGGUGGAUUUCGUAGCUAUGUUCCAAAGAAUGAUGGUUCUAAAGGCAAGGAAAGUUAUACUCUUUCAGCCUUGUACAAGAGGCUUCUCAACAAAGAGGCUGUGAACGCUCACCGAGCUGAAGCAGACUGCAUCAUGUUGUUAGAGUGUGUUGUUGCAUUAAAAAAUGACUUCCUACCCUGGGCUGAUGAUGCCUGUAAACUGCUUAGUCAAGUCAAGCCACUCAUUAGGUAUUGAGCAUUGAGUAAUAUUUAAGAAAUCAUGUUUUAAGUAUAAAGUUUUAUAGUGGCCCUGAUUAUAUCUGUUCUAUUUUUAUAGUUUAUUAUGUAGUUUUUAAGAUCUUGACUGAAAAAAUAUUAUAAUUUUAAAAUUGUAUGCUAAAAUGAAUAGCUGGUGCUUCUUUUUCUAGGACCAAACGCAAAUUUAUUAUACUAUCCAGUGUAACUUUUCAGUUGUUAUUUGUUACUUCAAUGAAGUACCAUACUAUUAUAACCUAUAUAACUACCUAGGUAUGUAUGUACUUCAUUAAAUUAAACAAAUUGGACAUGACUA